GUUUAUUUGCCGUGUUAAUCAGGAAGCUCACGAAGUAAUGAAAUACCAAGCUAGUUAUAAUGACGCUUUCGACCAUUUUGUAGCAGAAUGAAGAAUGUUGCGGUGGAGAAGAACGCAAGAGAAAAGUAAAGAAGAACUUCCAGUCGACCGAUUUAAAACACUUAAACUUGCUGACGUUGGAACGCAUCAUUUCUCACCAAACACGCAUAUCGCGGUUCAGCUGGCGUAUGUUGCGCGGGAAAGAAAACAUGGAAGUCAGAGGGUCUGUGAACAAGGUUUCGAUCUCCCUCCUCGUGCUAGUACACCUAUGGCUGUGUAUUGGGGCUGAAGUUAGAUAUCGGAAUGAAGAUGAAGACCGUUGUAAUAAGACAGUUGACAUACAUCAGUCCAUUUCCAACCCGCCCGUUACUGAUACAAACCGAGGACGCCCUCUACACUGUAACUACGAGAUCAGAGUACGACCAGCACGAGACGACUGGGUUAUAUUCGUCAAAUUCAUUAGAAUGCGGGUGGGUGAAACAAGCUCUGACCGUCGUCAGUGUUUAGGAGGUUAUCUGCAGGUUAUAGAUGGAUUUAGGAACAGCAACACCACCAACAAAGAUUCCCCAGGGUUCUUUUGUGGCGAGAUCGACUCGCCGAAGACGUUCAUUUCCGAAACACCUUACGUUAAGAUCGCGUUUCAUGUGGACGCGUACGACGAAGGAACGUUUUUACAAUUCAUGGCCAACGUUGAGCGUCAGAGCGAAGUUCUAGAACGCUAUGGGCAGUAUCCCUAUGUCUACCCUCACCGCAGAGGACAACCAGUUCCUGACACGUACUGCGAACGUGUCUUUAAAGACUGUUCUUCUUCUGACCGAUGUUAUGUCCAGUCUCCUGGUUAUCCUGGAGUUUAUCCUCCAAAUCUUCAGUGUGAAUACCACCUUAGCGUUCCAAAAGGCGUAAUUGGCUUGGAACUCCAGACAUUUGACGUAGAUGGGCAAGGUUGCGACAGCCUUUUGUACUGCUUUCCAAGACCCGUUACAACAACUGUAGAAGAGUGUCCUUUUGACUACGUCCGUAUUCAUGAUGGUCCAAGUGUUUCACAUCCCGUGAUUGUCACCUUGUGUGGAAGAGGUCGCCUAAGGUCCAACAUAAUUGGGUCUAGUUCAUUAUUGCUUGUACGCUUCACUACGUCUCCAGCUGGUCCAUUACUGAACACAGGAUUCCAUUUUAAGGCUUAUGAAAUAUACGACAAUGAUAACUCUGAGCCACUGGAGCUAAAAAAUGGCACGUGUCUUGUAGAGAAAUACCUCGAGGAAAGCGAUGGCUAUCUCUUUUCUAGUCUCAGGUCAUGGUAUCCCGAAAACACCACGUGCACAUACAAGUUCAGAGUGGACGAGAACGGAAUCAUUGCUUUGGAAUUUCUAUGGUAUCGGGUCGAGAGGGUUACGCUAUGUGAAGACUCACUCAAAAUCUAUGACCAUCAUGAACCUGACCCUAGGUUCAUUAUUGUUAAACUCUGUGACAUGAAUCGACCACAAACUGAAGAAUCGCGGAGGGUUUACGAAAGCAGUGGCCCUGUGAUGUUUCUCGAAUUCAUUGGCAAAACAGGCUCUUUGGAGGGGUCCUCUCUCAGUUAUAAAUUUCAGGUGAGGAGGCAGAAGAAAGCUUCUCAAAACGGGAUUCUUUCUACCCCUUCUUGUAAUCAAGUGCUGUCAGCUGAUUCCAAAAAAUCCGGUAUCAUUGCAGUUAGCAAAAGUGAUUUAUUGUCCAUUGAAGAAAAUGAGUUUAUAGUGUGCAAUUACACAUUCGUUGCUACUAGUAUUUCCCAGGGGAGGGUUAUUAUUAACAUCUUUGGUUUCUUCAAAUCUGGCUGUGACAGCUGCCGAGGAAAUGAUUAUAGUUGGAUUUCAGUACAUUCUCUGUUACCAGAGGAAGAUAGCUUCUGCUUCUGCGAAGUUGACAAACCUUCUACAUUCAGAUUAACCUCUCUAGGGCCUCGUCUUCUUCUCGUGACACAUUUUACCAGACCUUUAAAACAACAGUUUGCGAGUCUGAUCGACAAUGAGCCGUUUUUGCAGAUUGAGUAUGGAUUUGCUGGAGAAUCCCGAUGUGGGCAAGAACACAUGGAGCUCGAGCUUCAGGGCGAGAUUGAUUUUCCUACAUACAUGUCUGGAUCAAAGCAAGCUGGCCUUCUUUUCUGUCGUUGGUCAGUACCAGUGUUUCACGGAAUGGACCUAUCUUUCAUUGUUCAAAACCUGUACCUUCCCGGUAACUGCAGCACUAAUUACCUUGUAGUGGCUAGUACUUAUUUCUGUGAAGACAGUUCUGGAAGCAUUGAUCGCAGUCUUGUUAUUGAGAACGAGAAUAUCGAAGCAGGAAAAGUAAUCGUGGAAUUCCGUACCACAGAUGCUUCCAACAGUAGUUUUAACCUCGUCUACACCCAGUUGAAGAUGCUUUCCCCAUCUUCCAGUUCGGAUUCCCUAGUUUCUUUGGGAAAAGAAUGCGAGUUUCUCUGUGCACCAACUAUGGCCUGUUUAAAGAAAGAACUCGUAUGUAAUGGUGUUCCAAAUUGUCCAAUCCUUGAUUUUUACGACACAGGGGGCGUAGCCUCUGACGAAGCUAACAGUUUGUGUUACGCGGAAAAAGUCGCUUUUCCUUACUACUGGUGGGUCAUAGGUGCUGCCAUAGCAAUCUGUAUAUGCGCUGUUUUCUGUUUUGUUGUUUCUUUGUGUCGAAGAUGGCAAACGGGAAGAAAAGGCCUAUAAACGUUAUUCCUCGAUGUUACUUCAACCGUUCCUCCCGUUUUAUCUGCUACUGUACUAUUGACUAUAAAGAAACACAAUGGUAAACAGUAUUAAAAACAGUUACAUAAAUUUGUGCCAAAUUACUAUUAUUUAUCUAUACUGUUUAAAGACGCCCGAAUGGUUAGCGUUUUGGGUUCUUUUAACCAAUUCUGGCAGAAGUGUAUAGAUAGUUGAGUUCAUAUACUUUCUAAGCCCUUCACGGUUUGCUUUUGUUUUUUGCUACUGUCACUUAUUGAUGCACUUUCAAAAUAAAACUAUUUAAAAAACUGGUGUCACG